AUGUCGACCGAUGCGAUGGCCGUUGCGGCCCCGGAGAGUGAGCCUGUGGGCCUCCACUCUCCCCCCGACUCCAAUUCCGCCCCCAAGGACAAUGGCAGCGACUCUGAACUGUCUGAUCUCGAGCCAGACCCCGAGCCCGAGCCCGAGCCGGAGACGAACGAACUUCAUGACCUCAAGCCUGACCAUUACUCCGACGGUGGCGUGCCAGUUUUUCGCCCUUCAAUGGAAGAGUUUGCCGACUUCCAGCGAUACAUGCGCGGAAUCAACUCGUACGGAAUGAAAUCCGGCAUCGUCAAAGUUAUUCCCCCUCCCGAAUGGCUCGCCGCCCAGCCGUCCCUCGGCGAAGCUAUCAAGACAAUCCGAGUUAAGGAGCCGAUCAAGCAAGAUAUCAUGGGCACAAGCGGUACAUAUCGCCAAGCAAAUUUCAUGCAUCAGCGGUCAUACAACCUCCCUCAGUGGCGACAGUUGUGCGAGCAAAGCGAGCAUCAGCCCCCUGCUAAGAGAGGAGAACGACGGUUGAAUCAAGACAAGUACACACCAAGAACUAAAUCCUCGGGGAUCCCUUCCUCUGGAACAAAGAAGAAGAAGGGCCUUAGUCGCCCCAACAAGGGGAAAGGAAAGUCAGUGAUAGAUGAGCCGACUGACGGUGCAAGCACACCUGAUCGUCUCCCAACUCCAGUCUCUCCAACAAUGAAAACCGAGGAAGAUACUAUUCACAUUAAGGAGGAAGCAGAUGAUGUGUGUGACACCCCAACCAAGAGGAUGGGGGGACGGCAGCCUAAGGCCAUAUCUGUCUCGUCCCGUCGCAAGAACAACCGAAGUGAAAGUGCCGCAGUUGAUGAAGCUGCGUUCAAGGACUUCAAAUACGAACUUGAAGGCGAAGAUUACAGUCCGGAGCGCUGCGAAGAGCUUGAACGGGCUUACUGGAAGACUCUUACCUACGCCUCACCUCUUUAUGGCGCAGAUAUGCCCGGUACACUCUUCGAUGACCGAACGACUACCUGGAACCUAGGUAAACUCGAGAAUCUUCUCGAUGUUCUGGGUACAAAGAUUCCAGGCGUCAACACGGCGUACCUAUAUCUGGGCAUGUGGAAGGCAACAUUUGCGUGGCAUCUCGAGGACGUUGACCUCUACAGCAUCAACUACCUUCACUUCGGAGCUCCAAAGCAAUGGUAUAGCAUCUCCCAGGGCGAUGCUCGGCGAUUUGAGGCAGCCAUGAAAGCUAUUUGGCCUGUUGAUGCCAAAGCAUGUGAUCAAUUCCUUCGUCACAAGACGUUCUUGAUCUCCCCUGCGCACCUACUUGCCAAUUUCAACAUCAAAGUUAACAAGAUCGUCGCUUAUCCUGGCGAGUUCGUUAUCACAUUUCCAUACGGAUACCACUCGGGUUACAAUCUUGGUUAUAAUUGUGCCGAGGCUGUGAAUUUUGCCCUGGAUUCUUGGCUGGAAUUUGGUCGCGUAGCCAAGAAGUGCGACUGCAGUCAAGCGCAAGAUUCUGUUUGGAUCAACGUGCACGAAAUUGAAAGGAAGCUCAGAGGCGAGGAGACUGAGUAUGAGGAGACAGACGAGGAAGACGAAGAGGAUGAAGAAGACGACUUACCCAAUAAUCUUCCGACGCCUCCUGAGAGCAGUGGCGAUACGAAAACCAAAGCUCCCCGCAAGAAGCGGAAGCGGCCAACGAAUGAGAAAGGCGACAAUCUCAACGUCAAGCGCAUUCGUGUACGCAUCAGGGCGCCAACGAGAGAGCCAUGCAUUCUCUGUCCCAAUGACAUCCCAUCCGAGCCUCUACUUCUCACUGAAGAUGGCCAGAAAGCACAUCGCCUAUGCGCUUUGUACAUACCUGAGACAUCGAUUGAGACUGGCGAGAAAGAGACUGUCAUUGACGUCAAGUACAUUGACAAGGCUCGCAAGGAGCUCAAGUGCAACUACUGCCGAUCGAGGAAGGGAGCAUGCUUCCAAUGUUCGCAGAAGAAGUGUACAAGAGCUUAUCAUGCCACUUGUGCCGCUGCCGCAGGUGUUUUGGUGGAGCAAGGCGAAAUUCCCGUCUUCGGCGAAGAUGGCACCGAAUACAAAGAAUGGGGCAUCGAAUUCAGUUGCCGCUUCCAUCGCACCAAGCGCGACAAGAAAUUUGAUGGUGAUGCUCUGGAUGACGAUGAGCGUAUACUUAAGGCUGCUUCUGAACUAAAGGUUGGCGAGGUCUGCCAGAUGCAGUACUACAAAGGUGACAUAUUCGCUGGUGCGGUUGCGGAAAAUCGCAAGAGUGAACAAAUGGUUCUCGUUGAUAUUCUUCCGAGGGGCGGACGAGUGGAGGUGGAGUACAAAUGGCUCCUCAUUCCAGACCCUGCGGACUAUCGUUUGCCAAAACCUUCGCCUAACGCCAAGCCAAUGCCGAAGUCCUACAAAGACAAAGAAUCACUCAACACCAGCAAGCGUCAAGUGGAUGACUUACCACGUGCAGAAGAUCCUUUCAUCGAGGGCUUUACUUGGGCCGAGUUCAAGAGCCACAAAGUGUUGCGCAACCCCGCCCAAGUUAAGGUAGAUCUGCAGAAAGACAACCAAGUUUGGUUUUACCUUGGCAAAACUUCUACGGAAGCAAAAGCACAAUUCACAGAGGAUCCGGCGAAGCCACGACACAACCCGAAGGGUCAUUUCUUGGACACAAUUCCCAAGCCUUCCGCCACGCUACCGCGGCAGUCUUAUGCUGCAACGUACCCUUCAGGUCUCAGCCAGAAUACUUUGGCAGCAACCAAGGCGCCGAUUCGACCUUCUCUGCCUACGGCUACGAGCUCCACCAGACCAGAGAAGCCAUAUGUAUACAAGCCUCGAAACACUGGUGAUAUGUACCGUGUUGAUCCACAAGCUUACCGUUCUCAGCAAAACUUCCUCCAGCGAUCAACUCCGUAUAGUUUUGGUACCGAUCCGAGAUGGCGAGCCCCGGAGUCAAAUUCAACAGCUCCUUAUUCGCAGAAUUCUUCUCCUGCCGCCGCCGCCAACCUCACAACGUCUUCGGCGAGAGCCCCUUAUUCGCAAAAUGCUUCUCCUGCAGCCGCCAUCCUUCCGCCAUCAUCAGCGAGAGAUCCUUAUCCGCAGAAGGUUUCUCCUGUCUUGCCUUCAUCGGCGAGUCAUAAUCCUCUUGCUCCUCCCCUCCAAGCUCCUUACCGACCGCCAUAUUCACAAGCACCUCCAGUGCCCCCCAAGACAAACAAUCCUUUUAGCGGGAGACCCCAAACCUCGAGCUCGAGGCCGAAUCCUUUUGCGAAGUAUUCAUACCUGCAAAAGGAGCACAACAGGUCUCCACUUGAGUACAAGAGUCCUUACCGACCUGGUGGUGGCUUCAUGAAUGGAUAUCAGGGGAGCCUUGAGAAGCAUCUGCAGCAGACUUUGUUCCGCAGCAAAUCUGGAUCUGGCACGCCUUUAUCGAACCCUCAGAUAUCGUAUGGCAGCAAUAUGAGAACUCCGUACCCUCCAAGUCAGCCUUCGCCAAGUCCAUCUUACAGUGUUGGCACGUCCUCCUCUUAUGGAGGAUACGGAACUCCCACCCCAACAAGACAGGUACAGCAGCCAACGAUGAACAAUGCUGCUUCGGAUACGUGGGAGAAGAAGGACACUUCUCAAUUGCACCCAGCUAUCCGACCUGAAUAUAGUUCGAUGUUCCAUCACCACCAGCCUCCUCAACGCCCUCCACCUUCUCAAUACCAAGGACCUGUUCUGCAAUCUCCCGCUUUGUAUGAUAGACCUCAUUUGCAUCAAUCGCAUCACAAUCAUGCACCUCAGGCUCUGCCGCAGCAACAAGGCAUGGCUCAACCAGCGCCUCAGCCCCAAAUUUCACAGACGAUCCAGCUGGCAUCAUCCACACAAUCACCCUCUUUUGGACAGUGCUACCAAUCUCUGUCUCCGGUGGUGACACAAUCACCACCGCAUCCUCCUGUUCCACAGCCGCAGUACCAGCCUUAUCCUCAGGCUGUGGUGGAAUCACCAAUUCAAGCGACAGCUUCUCAGCCGCGACACCAGACUCCUCCGCAAGUCUAUCAGGAAAACAAGCCUGUCUAUCCACAUCCGCAAUAUUUCCGGAAGCCAGAGGCACGACUUCAAGCCCAACCGCUAGCUCCGCCUGAAGAUCAACCACAAGGUCAAGGUCAAGGUCAAGAACAAGCGCUGCAGCCACUAGCGCAGCCAUCCCAAGCUCGUGACUUCCCGGAUGUUCCAGCAGAUUCGACUUCUCUCAUCGAGAAAAUGAUACAGAACUUGAAGAAAGCCACACCGGCCGCAUCGGCGACUUUCUGA